GAGGCGAAAGCAGCGUCCUCCCAUCGUUCUCGCACGACGACGACGGCGACUUCUGUUUAUGGAACCGCGCGUCACUCUAUAUUUUUUUUCCUUAUUUCUAGGGGCGAAAAAGAGCGGCCGCUGAGAUUUCUUCAACGACGAGACUUACUUUUUUUCUGCCACUUUGCGUCACUCUACAUUUUUUCCUAGCUCUAGGGGCGAAAAGAACGGCCGCCGGGUGUUCUCGCGCGCCGGGGCCUCCUGCCGGCGAGAGUUGCUUCUGUUCUCGCGAGAGUUGUCCGUUUGGGCGGUUGAUUUGAAUCUAUAUUAUGGUUGCUGCUGCCUCUGGUCUGCUGCUGCAUGAAUUGGGAUUUGGAAGAAGGGAAGAUGGAGGGAAGGGCGCAGUCUGAUGGCACUGAGGCAGAGAAAUCCAAUAUGGCCUCUCCAGAUUUAAAUGGUUUGUGUACUCACCUGAACACCAAGAUUUCAAAUAUUAAGAAGUCACUUCAGCUGAGAAAGAUAGGCCAGGAGCCAUCUUUGAAGACAGUGCUUGGCAAGAUAGUCCAUGAGUUGCUCCUUGUAAACAAGCUCCUCAAUCAACUGGAAAUGGAAAGCCACCAUCAGGAAAGGCAACAGAAUCAACUCAAGGAAUUGCAGGAAUCUUUGGACAGGGACUAUCUUGAAGUUCAACAUCUUAGAGAUAAUAUGCCAAUUCACCUGCCCAAAGCAGUCCAAAACAGUGAAAUGGGUUUCACUUUGAAGAAUGAGGAACAACGCAAAGAUGCUGAGGUUGCCCAUGCGAAGAAGCCAGCAAAGAAGGCCAAGUGUAUCAAGGAAGUAACUUAUAUAACAGCAGAGGAAUUUGAAAGGAUUCCUGCGUACAUGCGUGGCCGUCUCGCCUAUAACCAAGUGAAUGCAGUCAUUCAGGAAAUUAACAAGGCAGUAGUGAGCAAGUAUAAGAUCAUGCACCAGCCUACUAGAACUAUGUCCAGUGCCAUCAAGAAUCUUUACUUCAGAUUCCAGGAAGAAGAAACCAAAGAUACAAAAGGUGAAUUCUUUAUAGUGGAGGCUGACAUUGAAGAGUUCACACAAAUGAAGGCAGACAAACGCUUCCACAGUAUUCUUACCAUCUUGCGACACUGCCAGAGAGUGCGAGAGAUCCGUGGCUCACGCCUUGUUCGUUAUGCCGUCUGCUGAGAUUUCAUGGGAAUUUGAGACUUUGGGAUGGGUUAUGCCCCAAAAAUGGAAGAAACAGAAUCUCCUAGGUGACCAUGUUGCUGAUUUAGAGUAUUUGAGUAGAAAUCUGAGCUUUGCAUUUCUUUGCAUCUCUUCUUUCCUAUCAUUCAUUAAUUAUUGCUGUAGAAGGCAGCUUUCACUUGUAUUGUUAUACUACAUUAUUUAUAAUAGUAUGGUAAUUUACAAAUUCAGCAAAGAUGUACAACCUUUUGACCAUUUCUCUGUUUUUGCAUUUCUGUCCUUUGUUAUGGAAUGGAAUGAUUAAGAUGCCAAUAAAGUAGUCUGAAUGUUGGUUAA